UUCUCUCACACACUCAGUCACUCAGUCACACACACACACACAGUCAGAGCCGAGUAGAGGCGCUCUCCUCCCGAUCGGUGCCUGACGCACGGUCGAUUUUUUGUUGUUGCGCGAGUUUUACUCCGUUUUAGUUACUUUUUUUAAAAAUUAAGAUUAAUACUUCACUUUGGUGUCAAGUCUGGAUUUCCUUUAAAGUUGUGGUUGAUGUGGGACGCCUCUUUGGAAUAUAUUUCGGGAUUAAAGUUGGAUACUUCACGACGCGCAGAAGUCAUCUUGAAAAAGUUAGCCCAGGAGGAUUGUUUCUUUUCGACGCAGGAGCGCUCAACUUGCCAGUGCGACUUCGUCUGGGGUGUUUUUUUGACUUGAGUCGUCCCAGAAAUGGUGGGGCACCUACAUUUACAAGCGAUGGAUGAUAGCUUGAAAGGAAAGAACCGGGAAGGGCUACUCGACAGUCCGGAUUCGGGGUUGCCUCCCAGUCCCAGUCCGCCCUUCUGCUCACUCUCUCCGGGUCUGAACGAGUCGCGCUCCAGCAGCUGUACGACGCCCGUCGAAAGUCAUCAUGGAUAUUAUAAAAAGGAAAGCAGGGAAGGCAAACUGCUGCCCUACCUGCUGCUGAACUCCACGGGCACAGACCCAAAGACUCGCAUGCACCCCGUGUUCUUCGGAGAAAGCAUCGAGGUCAACCCCAAACCAGAGCAGGAAAUCAAGUGCAACUCCGAGGUCAAGUACGACUCCGACAAGCACUACCGGGACCAGGUCUACUGCGCCCCUGUUCCCACGCCCACUUACUUCAGCGAGACAGUGGUGGCUGUGCGAAACUGCACUUGGAAGCGCUAUAAGUCCCAGGUGUAUCUGGAGCCGCGGCAGAAACCCAUCAGCUACCAGAGCACCACCAUUAUCUACCCGAAACAUGCCAAGAACACUUAUCGCACCACACUCAACUACAACGCCACGGGCUCCCGCCGCUGGUUUGUGUCCACAGUGCAGCUUGAGUCGAGUGAGGAUACUAGUCCCUGUAUCAUCUACACUGAGGAUCUGUAGGGCCCAGACCACACAGGGAGGGGGCUACCUGAUGAUCAUCCUAUUUGUUUUGGAGGACAAGGAACUUGGGAAGGCCCGCAUUGAAAGGGAAAUACUUCAAGUAAUACCCGGAGCCCCUAAAAACCCCACUCUGUUCAUCUAUAGUCGCCAUGGAGGACACUCUGGGAACCCUUUAGUGACAUUUCCCUUGAGUGUUUUUAGACUUUCUACUGAUGCAGUCUUUAAAAAGGGAGUCUUUCCUCUGGCAGUUUAAAGCUGCACUUCAAUGGUUAAUGUCUUAUUUAAUACAAGAGCUGACAAAUUGGUGGCCUUUGCGUUCUUUCAGGUUGGAUUGUAACCUCAGUGAAGGUAACAGAAACGUCAAGAUGACAUGCGCGGUGGAUUUCAGCCGAGCGUGCACAAAACCAUUCACACCAAUGCAAAGCUUUCUAAUAUGGCUCUGUUGCACUUGCUUUUUAUAUAUCACAGUCUUCCUAGUGGACUUGGCUAGAUGGGGGGAUUUCAGAACUGCAUAUGAAAAAUUGGACCAAAGAUAGUUUGAACAGUUUAUCUCUUUGUAAUAACUCCACACACAGACAUAACACAGACAUAAAACAGAUUGCCUAGAGAAUAUUUGAAAAAAGGAAAUAAUAAAUAUUCAGCCAUGUUGGAUCACUGCAAUUAAAGACCUGUUUAACCUAAUGUCUGUUGAACUUAAUUUGAAUACUUUGGUUAAGAUCAUAUAGGAGUUAGGGGUGUUUACAGGUU